UUUUUUUUUCAUACCUCCCUCUGUCUUUUCCAUUGAUAAUAAUUUAAUUGUGCAAUAUAAUUAUCCAUCCAGGCACACAGGAAAACAAAAACAAAAAAUAUGUUAGGUUAAGAUCACAUGUAUUUGACAUAAAACCGCAUCCGGAAUUCCGUUUCAUGUGAACCAUCAAAAAUUACGAUUUUCAAAAAACUGCGAUUUCCGGACUCGCAAUGCGGAAUCCCGCACCAUGAGAACUAGGCUUUAACUCGCUCUCCCACACAGACGCGAAAGGUCGAUUCUUCCUCGUCGCGCCAUCGACAGCGCUCAUGGGUGGAGCGGGGAGAGCUUUCCAGCUGUUCCUGCGAUAGAAGUCGAUUCUCUAGUCGAUCCGUCGAGACUGUCGAGAGCACAGGGACGCAUUCAGCCCGUCGGCGCCGAAGUUUUUCUGCAGAGCGAUACUCGUACGUAUCGACGAAUGCAGACGCAACCAACAAUGAGGGAUUCAACUUGCAUGUUGAAAACCACGUACGACCAAACAGUCCAGACAAUAUUACAGCAGAAGGAGGCCAUUCUCCGUCACUAAUAAUAAAUAAUGACGUUGAGCUAGGCGACGAUUUUUUGGCCAUUUUAGGAAGCGAUCCAAAGGAAUGUGGAAAGUCAACUUUCCAGCUUCAUAAGGCCAUAUCCUCGCGAUGGGAUCAUAUAUUGUCUAAUGGCUUAUCGGACGAGGACAAACGGGUUUUAAAUGACCGUCACAAAAUACCAGAGAAUUUACCCUUGUUAGUGCCACCUGAGGUUAACGCUGAAAUCUUGGCAAUUAUGUCAGCGCUUCAUAAAAAGAGAGAUUCUGGUUACUCGGCAAUUCAAAAUCAGAUUUCUCAUGGUCUUUCAGCUCUUGGACAGGGCCUUAAAAUAAUUCUUGAAGAGGGCAAUAAUUUUCCUAAGGAAUUAAAGGAAAAUUUGAUGACUCCUCUUUGGGAUUCAGGUAAAAUUUUAACCAAUUUAUUUUUUAGCCUAUCGCAAACUAGACGUACCUUGAUUUCUCAAACUGUAAACAGACAGGUGAAAGAUAUUAUAGAAAAAUCUGUUCCUGACACCUCCUUGUUUGGUUUGGAUUUCGGGGAAAAAAUUAAAUCUGCCCGAAUGCUGGAAAAGACAAUGGCGAAAGAAGAGGAGGGAGGAGAUCAAUUCCGGAAAACCGAUAUCGCCCAGGUCGUCCAGGGAGGGGGACGAAACCUUACAAGGGCCAACAAUCCUCGAGACACGAGAAGUUCUAUUCCAGGAAAAACAAGUAAUUCCGCUCACAACACAAGAUGGCGAAGAACCUUACCCUGGUUGCAGCAAAAUUAUCUGGAAUGCAUUACUGCUGAAAAAUUACCCAGAAAAUACAUUAUACGAACCGUACUUCAAUCAUUAUCAGCUGGAACGCUUAAACAGUACAAUUCCACCUAUAAACUUUGGUGGGGUUUUUGCCAAAAACAUAAUCUUUCUGUUUACAAAUCCGGGUUACUCGACCACCUUACAAGUGUGCAUCGAAACAAACAAUUAGCAAAUGGGUCAAAGAAUUAUUGGCGCGUGCCGGCGUUAAUACAGAAGAGUUUCGCGCCCAUUCUACUAGACAUGCGUCUACGUCAGCCGCGAGAAGAAAAGGAAUUUCUUUGGAUCUCAUUCGCCAGACUGCAGGCUGGUCAGAAGAUUCCUCUACGUUUGCAAGAUUUUAUAAUCGUCCUGUUAUAGAUUCAUUUGCUUUUGCAAAAUCUGUACUUAGCUUGUAGUUUUCAUGUUUCAUGUGGUAUUUGGUUUAGAAUAUGUUUGAGUUACUUUUGAUAUAUAUGUCUUACUUAUAAUACAAUAUAUUUUCCUUAUCUUUGCAACUUGUCUUUGAACAUCUACGUGGUAAAAUAGUAUUGAUAUCGAAGGACUGGAGGUCGAACUAAAAUUAUUAGAUCAAACGAACUUACCAGUGAAGUUCGAUCCUAAUUUUAGGAGACCUCCAGUCCGAAGAUAUCAAUUCCCUCCCAUCCCAAUAUUUUUCAGUUUCCCCAGAGGUGUUGCAAAGAUUAUAAUUUAAACAAAAUGACGCGAUGGCGGAUGGAGAUGGCCAACGGCAGCGAAGAGCAGGAGUGGACAGGACCGGCUUCUUUAAACUUAGUGGGUAAUACAGGCGACAAAUGUCUACUACGUGGUAAAUUAGUAUUGAUAUCUUCGGACUGGAGGUCUCCUAAAAUUAGGAUCGAACUUCACUGGUAAGUUCGUUUGAUCUAAUAAUAGACAAUACAUUAACAUUACCAGCAGUGGUGUGUUCGAUAACAAUUCUACAGGAAAUGUGACCAAACAAGCAGAACCAAAAUAAGCCCCGCCCACCCACAC